AUGCUGCAUCGGCCGCUUCUCACAUCCAUCCCCACCUCCACCUCCACCUCCCGGCCGCCAGCCCUACAGCCAGCCCAGCCGCCCUCUGGCUCCUUGCCCCCCCAUCAUCAUGAUCACAGCCAUGGCCUGAGAUCCUCCUCAUCCGCACCCGUCCGCCCACCGGCCAUGAAGCUGCAGUUCAUCAACACGGCGCAUCCUCGCGACUCCACCUCGGCCAAGCGCAUCAGCCAGAUCCGGUCACAUGUGGCCAAGGACUCCCACGCCCGCCGCCGCCAGCGAAGGGCAGCCAACGGCAGCAACAGAAGUAGCAGCGCCUGUGCCUGUGCCUGUGCCUGUUCCUGUUCCUGUGUCUGUCCCACAGCCUCGUCUACCGCUGCUCAUGCACCUGCAGCCGCUCCUACAGAGUCUCCCGCCCGGUCCGAGUCGCCCGACUCCACCUCUGCAGAAACAGAGACGCAACGACUGACCUCUCUUCCCCUUCAAGUCCUAGACUGGGUCCUCACGUACGGCUACGAAAUCUGCUUCCCCCGCGACGAGGUUCCCCGUGUCAUGAGUCGCAUGAGGACAACCUAUGUCCCCUUUGCCAUCAAGCAUCCAUGUCUCCUCGCCUGCAUCUUUUACAUCUCCUACCACCGCCGCUAUCUCAACACGGACGAUCCUGGAGAGGCAGCUCGAUGCCACCUCCUCAUGCAGCACUACCGGCUCGCCUGCAUAGAGAUGAUGAAGAGCGCGCUUGCGGUGGAGGAGAAGCCCUCGGCGCAAACGAUUACGCUGGCCAUGCAGCUGUGCUCGGAAGCGUUCUUUGAGGGAAACCCAGACGUCUCCUUUACGCACGCCUACGCUGCCAGGACCAUGGUGUCCGCUAGAGGAGGCCUCGAGAGCUUCGACCGGGCCGGGGUCGAUGCCCUCAUUUCCUUUCUGCUGGCAACAUCCGUGUAUAGCGGAAACUACUGGUUCGUUCCCGGCUGUGCCAAGUUCAACGAUGAAUGA